AAGCCAUAGAAAAUGAGUAAACUAGAAAAGAGUGGGAGUCACACACACAAAACUAAACUCAACCUGAUCCGAACCUAAGGUCCAUGCCUAGAAACCGAGGCUCGGACUAGACUAAACCUCACGAAAAAAGCCAAAGCACUCCCACACACUCGAAAAAUAAUGGAACCCAAACCAAAGCAAGAGAGAGAAACCCAAACAGGGUUUUAGAGAGAGAGAGAUAGUAACAAACAAACACCAAAGAAAUUUUUAGAGAGAGAAACAAAAAAUGGGUCAGAUCGUGAGGAGGAAGAAGAAAGGAAGACCUUCUAAAGCAGAUCUAGCUCGCAGUUCCGGUCAAUCUCCGGCAGCCACUUCUCAAAACGAUUUACGACGGAGCCGUCGACGGAGAAAUGUGAGGUAUAAUAUCAUAGACUAUGAUGAUUACCUCGAUGAAGAAGAUGAAGAUGAAGAAGAAGAAGAUGAUGAAGAUGAAAGAAGACGCGAGAAGAAGAAGUUGAAGCUUGUUGAGAAGCUGAAUCAAGGUGUGGAUGAAGAUGAUGAAGAAGAAGAUGAAGAUGAUGAUAAUGAAAAGCAUAGUCGCGGUAGGUCGCGUGUGAAACACGCGCCUGUUUCUGAUAAAAGAAAAUUUGGAAGAAAAAAUGAAGAUAAGGUUGAAGAAGAAGAAAAUGAAAAUGAAGAAGAAAGAGAGGAAGAAGAAGAAGAAGUAGAAGAAGAAGAAGAAGAAAGGAUUGAAAAUGCAGAGGAACAUGAUGAUGAAGAAGAACGUGUAGCUGAAAGGGGUGAGGUAAAGGGCAUAAAAGUAGAUGAUUCAAGAGGGCUCCACUCUGUUACAGGGACCCCUUUGAAGGUUCAGUCCGAAAUUCCAUUGCCUGAUAAGAGGACCCUUGAAUUGAUCCUUGACAAACUUCAGAAGAAGGAUACCUAUGGUGUUUAUGCAGAGCCAGUUGAUCCGGAAGAGCUUCCUGAUUAUCAUGAUGUCAUUGAUAAUCCCAUGGACUUUGCCACCGUGAGGAAGAAGUUGGCAAAUGGAUCUUACACUACAUUAGAACAAUUUGAGAGUGAUGUAUUUUUGAUUUGCUCAAAUGCAAUGCAAUACAAUUCGUCAGAUACUAUAUACCACAAACAGGCACGUUCAAUACAAGAACUGGCUAGAAAGAAGUUUGAGAAGUUAAGGAUCAACUUAGAACGCUCUCAGAGUGAGAUAAAAUCUGAACAAAAAACAAAAUCCAAUUCCUUAGGUAAGAAGCCAGCAAAAAGGCCACUUGGUUAUGCUUCACAGGAACCUGUUGGCUCUGAUUUCUGCUCUGGUGCAACUCUUGCUACUACUGGAGAAGUACUGCCAAUUUCCCAUCCAAUUCAAGGUAUCUUCUGUGAAAGGCCUGGCAACAUUGAUGUCCCUGUGGACGGGAGUGCUUUCUUUUUCGACGUAAAUCAAGAAAAAACAGAAGAAUUUAUUUCAGGGAAAGGCCUUCCCUCCAAGAUGGGAAGGAAAUCAUUGGUGCAAGAUUAUGAACGCCGCGCUACUUAUAAUAUGCCUAAUCUACCAGUUACUAGAUCUGAUUCAAUAUUUACGACGUUUGAGAGUGAAAUUAAGCAGUUAGUUACUGUUGGACUUCAAGCUGAAUAUUCCUAUGCCAGGAGUUUGGCUCGUUUUGCUGCAACUCUAGGACCUACUGCUUGGAGAAUAGCUUCCCAGAAGAUUCAACAGGCACUUCCAUCUGGCUGUAAAUUUGGUCGUGGUUGGGUUGGGGAGUAUGAACCACUUCCAACCCCAGUAUUAAUGCUUGAUAACCGUGUCCCGAAACAACCUAAUCUGGCAACAAAGUUGCAGUCUACUAAAUUACCAAACGUCGGCAAAAAUGGUAAGAAUGUAGAAUCCACCUUGGAACAUCCUGUAAAUGAACCGAUGUUUGAGGGGAAACAGCCUUCAGUACGCCCUGGUUGUGGACUAACAUCAGAAGGAAAACCAUCAUUGUUUGGUUCUGCUGGAGUACGACCGAAUGCUUCUAUCAAUCUCACUCGUCAGCAAUCAAAUGUCCAAACCAGGAAUGUUGGCAAGUCUGAGAAUAAGGGUUUGCAACAAGUGGAAUUGAACUCGUUACCCUCAAGCGAUCAGGACAAUGCCAGUCUAGUUGCAAAGCUUACAAGUAAUGCUCCUGCAGCUGUUUCUAAACCUAGAGAGAUGGUACCAAGUAACAGGAACAUUUUAACAUCUAUGCCUUUCAAGCAGCCUGAUGCUAACAUAGUUGUUAGUGGAGAGUUACCAAAUGGAAAAAUCAGGAAUACUAGUUUCAAUAGACGGAUGACUGGUCCAUCAUCUGAAAGUACAUCAACUCAGACGGGCAGAUCAGCUCCCUUUGUUACCCAUGGGCAAGAUCAGAGUCUUAGCGACCCAGUUCAGAUGAUGAGAAUGUUAGCCGAGAAAGCUCAAAAGCAGCAGGCUUCUAGUUCAUCUAAUCAUUCCCCUGUCGAAACUCCACCAGCGACUCCAUCAGUUCCACCUGGACGGAGAGAAGACUUGAGCAAUGCCUCGGCAGCAGCUGCUCGUGCAUGGAUGUCUGUAGGAGCUGCAGGGUUUAAACAAGGACCUGAAAAUUCUAGCUCACCCAAAAGUCAGAUUUCUGCCGAGUCAUUGUACAACCCAACCCGAGAGUUCCAGCAGCAUCUUUUACGAAUUAGGGGCGAGUUUCCUCCUGGUGGAAUGCCUUUCCAGUCAGAGAAGAACAAUUUUCCUUUUCAGGCACUUGUACCUCAACACAUGCACGCAGUUGGUGUUUCACAAUUUCCAAACCGACCUAUGAUUUUCCCUCAACAAGUCGCAGCUUCCGACCUAUCAAGAUUUCAAAUGCAGCCCCCUUGGCAAGCUGUCCGGCCUCAUAGUCAACCAAGACAGAAACAAGAAACACUUCCUCCUGACUUGAAUAUUGAUUUCCAAUCACCUGGGUCCCCUGCAAAACAAUCUUCUGGUGUGCAUGUUGACUCACAGCAACCAGACCUGGCUUUGCAGCUAUGACAUAGCGUUCCAAUUCUGAUGUGCAUGUUUCUGCAAGAAAUUGACUGAUUGAAUUUCGGCUCCUGUAAUUGGAUGUUGUUUUUGAUUCAUAAAAUUGAGGAAAAGGUUACUACUUUCGUUACUUUAAGAAGGGAUGAAAUGGAUACUAUGUGCUGGAGAAGAUCGUUAUCCCUUGGAUGCUUGUCUUGGGGAUCUUAUGGUUUUGUUAUGUAGGAUUCAGCACCAGGUGACUCGAAAUGAGUUUCCUUAUGUUCAAAGACUUGGGCAGAUUUGGGAGAAAAUACCUGAAACCAGCUCUAAAACCUUUCCAUCUUUUCCUGAUGAGGAUUACUGAGACACUGCAGCAUGUGUAUGUACUAUCAUGGUGUUUGAAAACCCCAUAUAAAAUAUCAAGGGGUCAAUUGAUUAUUAUGAUGAAAUGUUACUUAGAUUUUUCAUUAGAUAGCAAAAUAUCAUGUUGAUGCCUUGUACAUGCAUUACUUAUGGAUGAAAAUGAGUUGCCUAGAUUUUCAUUUUUCAGAUUACUUGUUUAUCUGAAGUGGCGAAGAAGGCAGACCACAUUUUAGUCCUUAAUGCUGUUAUUAUUCUGUACAUGAAAUGUUUACAUGUCACUAUUGCAAGAGCACAUUUGCUUUUU